CCCCUGCAAUCACGGAAAUCAAGAAUGUGUAGAUUUAUUGAUAAGAUGAGAACGGAAAUUCGUUGCAUUUCACGCCUUUCGCUGGUUUUCCCUUUGAUCUAAAUCAUGUAGGAUUUUGUACAAAGUAUUCAUAUAAGAGAAUCACUCAGAAAUAAUUGACAUUUUGUUUGAAUUGUCUGAUAUCCACUCCAGUCGACAUGAAAAUAUACACAACAGUCCAGCUGUUCUCAAUCUGUCUCAUUCUGAUAACAGGUACAGUGAAGAUGAAGCGAAGAAAUACAUGUAUACAACAUUUUAGUUGCGAAAAUGAGGAUCGGUUGAUGCAGGUGUCAGGUUACGAUCGUCCUUAUUUUGAUACAACGAGCAGCAAAUUACUAAAACACAGCUUGGAGAAUUCACCAGUAUUCUGCAUGUGGAAACACAAAUGUAGGCUGAAGAACAUACGAGAAGAAAUGAAAAGAUGGUUUGAGGAAAACAUGAGAUGUCUUAAAAGUGAAACAAACAUCUACGACUUGGUCUCCAAUGAAACUUCCCAAAAAUGGUCACAGGAACGGGAAAUUUUAAGUUUAGACCACGCAAUUGUUGUCAGAAGCCAAAAGAAUUUUCCUUGGAAUUAUGAUUAUGUCGAUAAUCAUUUCAGCCACGUGUUAGAAUUCAAAACUGAACAAAAACACAUCUAUAAAUCCAAACUAGCGGUGCGGGUUCUGUUGUCGGAAAUCAAUGUCAACGAUCGUCUGUUCAUUCAAUACGGGGAAACUUUAGAAAAUAUCACACCAGAAUUUGGACAGCAGGAUAUCAAUAUUACUAAACUGCAGAGCAUAACACUGCAAUUCCAAAGGAAAUCCAGUAACCAUCUGAAUUCUGAUAAAGGAUUUCUCUUAUGUAUGGAAAUUAUGGAUCUCGUCGACCAGAAUAAGACAGCCUGUGAUGCGGUGUUGGAAGAGAUGACAGUGACAGAAUGUUCAAAAGGUGAGGACAAAAAAUUUAAAAAGGGAAAGAAAAAUGAAAAGAGGAAGAAAAGGAAAGAAAAGGGGAAGAAAAAGGAAAAGAGGGAGAAGAAAAGGAGAAGAAAAGGAAAGAUAGGGAAAGCAGGAAGAAAAGACAGAAGAAGAAGAAGAAGAAAAAAAGGAAAGAAAGAGAGAACAAGGGGAAAAUCAGAGACAUAAUUAUUUAAUGUUACUGUAAGAAUUGUCGAGUCGUAUUUUCUCUAGAGAGUAAAACUAAUCACCAAUGUUAUAUUUACUUCAAAAAAGUUUUCAUAAUUUUAAAACUUCAAAGAUUGUUACUAAUAUUUUUCUAAUAAACUGAAUAAAAGUAAAA